AUGAAAAACCAUAAAACUUCAAAACAAUAUCUUGGUGAUUGGUCUCUUUUUCAAUCUUGGCUUUAUGAUUCAAAAUUAAAUAUUCAAAUUAAAUGUUUAGUAAAUUUUGCUGAACAUUUUUAUGAACCAUUAAUGCAAUUUAUGAUUGGGCAAGAUAUAGCUUUACACCUUGCCAAGAAUUUUGAAAUAUUCUUUACCAAUGAAUUAUUAGAAGCAUUGGACAUUUUGUUUAAUGAGGAAUUUGGUGCACAUUUUGAUGAUUUAGAAAGGGAAUAA